UCAAUUACACAAACUUACCUACAACAAACAAGCCCACAGAGAAACAUCAGCACCAACAAAGAAGCUCUCACGCAGUCAUGGCCACCUCUGCUAUCCAACAGUCGGCUUUCGCUGGACAGACUGCCCUGAAGCCCCAGAAUGAGCUUGUCAGGAAGAUCGGCAGCUUCGGAGGUGGCCGCAUCACCAUGAGGCGCACUGUGAGAAGUGCUCCCCAAAGCAUAUGGUAUGGGCCAGACCGCCCAAAGUACUUGGGCCCAUUCUCCGAGCAAACUCCAUCAUACUUGACCGGUGAAUUCCCCGGUGACUAUGGUUGGGACACUGCUGGGCUUUCAGCAGACCCCGAGACCUUUGCCAAGAACCGUGAACUCGAGGUGAUCCACUGCCGCUGGGCCAUGCUCGGUGCACUGGGCUGUGUCUUCCCCGAAAUCCUUUCCAAGAAUGGUGUCAAGUUCGGUGAGGCAGUUUGGUUCAAGGCUGGAGCCCAAAUUUUCUCCGAAGGCGGCCUUGAUUACCUUGGCAAUCCAAACCUGAUCCAUGCCCAGAGCAUCCUCGCAAUCUGGGCUUGCCAAGUAGUGCUCAUGGGCUUCAUUGAGGGCUACCGGGUUGGCGGAGGCCCACUUGGCGAAGGACUCGACAAAAUCUACCCCGGAGGAGCCUUUGACCCACUUGGACUUGCUGAUGAUCCAGAAGCAUUUGCAGAGUUGAAGGUGAAGGAGAUCAAGAAUGGACGGCUGGCAAUGUUUUCAAUGUUUGGAUUCUUCGUCCAGGCCAUCGUUACUGGAAAGGGCCCAAUUGAGAACCUCUUCGACCAUCUCGCUGAUCCUGUGGCCAACAAUGCUUGGGCUUAUGCCACUAACUUCGUACCUGGAAAAUGAAGUAUGAAGAUUGAGCUGUAACAUUACUUAAAGCUUCUUGGGGUAAUUGAAUGUGUAUUGGGUCCAUCCUGAUGUAAUAUUACUUGCAGAAACUGCCUAUCUGAGACUUUUAUUGCCACUUUUGAGUGUUCAGAUCUUA